UUCAAUAUCCAAUAUGCUGAAUGUGCUCACCUAUUUUUCUCUUCUUCCUAGAACAUUCAUCUCUAUAUUCUCAUAUGUCUUUUAAUAUUCUAUGCUGUAUUUUACAUGGCUUCCACUGUGUGUGCAGGAUUUUUGAGGAUAGAAAAUUUUGACUGGGAAAUACCAUUCAGACAUACAAUUCUACCAUCUAUAAACAGUUCUGAAUAUCUUGUGCAGGUGAUUUCAGCGGAAGUAACAUUUUUCUUCAGUGGCCUUCUGUUUGUGCCAGUUGUUGGUUCAAUGGUGUGGGAUUACUCAACCACAGUAAGCUUUCUUCACAUCAUUAUUUGCUGCAUUGUUACACAAGAAUUUCCAGGGAUGUGGCAAUGGUGGUCGCAAAUAGGCUGUGGAUUGGCUCUCAUGAUCGCAUCUGGUCAAACCCUUGCGUACUUUACCUACAGAAAGUCAUAUCAAAGACAAAGAACAACUCUAUGAUACAUUUUUGCUUAUACAAAGCUUGCAAGCAUAUAAAAAAAAAAAAAAACAGCCAGUAACUCACGCCACACGCAAGAUCUAAUUUAUAGUUAAUCUGGGAUGCUAGAGAAGUAAAAAUGCAUUACAGAUAACGUAAUGAACUCCCUUGGUUCCAAACACUGAUGACUGAAAACGGCCACCUGACAAUUUUACAAUUCUGGGAAUGGUUACAGCAGCUACUCGGAUAGGAAACUUGAUGUAGAAUGUUUAAUGUCACUUUAUAAACUUUCUGGACAAAGCUGGCCCAAACAAACUACUUCCAUUCCAGAACAAUGUGGCCACUGAGUGUGCUGUAAUAGACUGUAGUAGCAUUACUACAAUAAUACACCAAGCACUGCUGUGAUGUCAUCUGCAUGCCUUAACCUUGGCCAAUCAGAGGAAGCCUUGUAUCCAUUGACAAAAAUACAAGGCUUUUUCUGAAUUCUGGAGCACUAAGCCCAACUCAUUAUAUCCGGUUGCAGACAGGAUGUUGCCUGCACUGCCGCUGUACACAUCGACGCUUUUUGUACGAGACUGCACAUGUACUGUUCUGGUAAGUUUAUGAAUAGUUGUGUGGUCCUUGCUUGCCUUUAUCCAGCUUUAUAGUAACUAUACCUUCCACUGACAACCGGUCACAGUCCAGCCCCCCCGAAAGUCUAAAGGACAGUAAACUACUUAAAAAGUAUGGAUGGGAGCUGCGGUGGC